CAACCAGAUAGAAGUUAAGAUCAGAGGCUUGAGGAAUACAUCAAGCAAGUAGGCGGAGCUCCCUUAAGACACACCAAUAUGGCUAUGCAAGGUUUCGUGGAUUGGAAGGGUGAGCCCAUAGAGCAUGCAAGACAUGGUGGAGCAAGAGCUGUGCUGUUCAUCUACAUAAUGGCUAUGAUUACAGACAUGUCUUGUGCACCUAUCUAUAUAACCAUGAUUAAUUACCUGCAUGGAACCCUGGAUAUGGAUCUCGCAAGCACUUCAACCACUAUAACUAACUUCAUUGCUGCAACAUGUGGAUUUGCUUUACUUGGAGGGUUCAUCUCAGAUGCCUAUAUCACCAGAUUCCAAACCUUACUGCAUUUUUGUCCCUUGAUGUUCAUUGGACAAGCUUUGUUAGCCUUGCAUGCAACUUUUCUAUCACUCUCUCCACUAGAUUGUGGCAUCCCAGAGAAGUAUAAGCUUGUUCAUGGAGUCAAUACUUCUAUUCUUCACAUGGGUUUAUACACCCUAGCCUUUGGUGAAGCUUUUCUCAGAGCUAAUCUUCCACCAUUCGGAGCAGAUCAAUUUGAUGACACUGAAAUAUUUAGUUCAAGGAGCAAGUCUAGUUACUUUAACUGGUUGAGCUUCAUCUGCACUGGAGGUUCAAUAAUAGGCCUCAUUUUGGUAGAUUGGAUACAGAACCACAGAGGUUGGGUAGAAGCGUUUGUUGCAUCUGCAACUUUAAUGGGACUUGGGCUUGUCGUGCUUACUUCAGGUUUUAGGUUCUAUAGAAAUCAAAUCCCAAGUGGAAGCCCUCUAACUCGAAUCUUGCAGGUCUUCGUGGCUGCAUUUAGAAAAAGAAAGCUACCAUUACCUCCAAUUGGAGGACUCCAUCAAAAUAUUUCCAGUGAAGAAAUGAUGGGUGAGGUGUUAGAACACACAAUGGACUUCAGAUUCCUCGAUAAAGCUGCUAUUUCAUGUGGAAUGACCCCAUCAAAAUGGUCUCUUUGUACUGUAACACAAGUGGAAGAGGCAAAAAUUGUCCUUAGAAUGCUCCCCAUCUUCAUCAGCACUGUCUUUGCAUACAUUCCCAUGCAUCUUCUCGUGAACUUCAGUCUACUACAGACCAACACAAUGAGCAGUACUAGAUUGGGAACAUUCUAUGACUCUCCAGUUUCAAUACUUGCAUUCCUUUCUGCUCUGCAGAUGGUAUUUAUUGUUGUCUAUGAUCAAUUGCUCGUGCCGCUCGCGAAAAUGAUCACUGGAUAUCAAACUGGAAUCACUCGCUUGCAACGUGUAGGUGUUGGCUUUAUGGUAGUACCAUUAGCAAUGUGUAUAGCUGCCAUGAUGGAGAGAGAAAGGAAAAGAAUUGCAGAGGAUUAUGAUUUAAUAGACUCCAAAAAUGCUUAUCUUCCCAUGUCAACUUGGCUUGGGCUACAAUAUUUUGCAAUAGUAAUCUUUGGUGUGUUCACAUAUAUUGGGUUGCUGGAGUUCUUCAACAGUGAGACUUCUAGAGGAAUGAAGUCAAUGGGGUCUGCUAUGUUCAACUGUAUGAUUGGAUUGUCUUCCUUGCUGAGUUCUGUUCUAGUGAAUGUACUAAAGAAUGCCUGCAGAGAUGGAGAUGAUGGAAGAAAUGGAUGGAUGGAAGGAAACAACUUGAACAAGACUUAUCUGGACAGAUUCUAUUGGCUGCUUUCCCUGUUUAGCUUGGUGGGGUUCUUGAACUAUCUGUAUUGGGCUAACAAGUAUGUCUAUAAGAGAAACAGGCUCACUCUGUUUCAAAAUGGCUGA